CACUAUAUUUUCAAGUUCUUUGCAACUUACCAACAGUUACGAGAGAGAAAUUGGGAAUCUAUAUAUGAACGGAACCUUUCUUCCUCGUUGAAGGCGGGGGACAAGUAGAGAGGCGUGCUGUAUUACUUCCGGAAGUCGUCCUUGUUUUGACAUGUGGAUUGAAACUUUCAUCCUUUAACUAUGUGGAACAACUGGAAAGGACUGCAAAGGAAUAGGACUGUGAGGUACGGCAUCCCAAUGCUGUUGCUCAUAGUUGGCGGUUCAUUCGGUCUUCGGGAAUUCACUCAAAUUCGAUACGAUGCUCAGAAGAUAAAGAAAAAGCUUGAUCCGGCGCUGGAGGCAAGAGUUUCCACACAGAAAGUCACCCUUGAGACAGAGUAUGAGAAGUUGAAGGAGUUGAAUUUGGAAGACUGGAGGAAUAUCCGGGGCCCUCGUCCAUGGGAGGAUUCUCGACAGUACCAAGAGCAGCAGCGCUCCCAACAGGCAGCUAAGAAGGGGAAGGAGCUGUAGCGGGAGAGAGAGCUGCACUGGGCUCCUCCUCAGGGGAAUGCUGGUUUCCACCCAGUGGCCCUGUCUUCUGCUGAAUACCCUUACCCAUAGUGAGUGUGAGCCAAGUGGGGUGCUUGAACUAAUUCAGGGCAUAGAUUGCACCUAUCAGCAGAUAGAACCUCUGGAGCCGGAGACACAACAGCCAGUUAUACAACAGAGUAGCCUGUUUGGGGUCAAGCAUGCCAGCCAAUCAAGGAGGAACCUGCCAAGUGAGAUGCCUUCAAGCCAGUCAGAAGAGAAGCAACAAUGACUUUUAAAACAACCUACUGCUUGUAUGCUAUAAAAUGUAAUAAAUUCCUCCUUGUGUUGUAA